GGGGAAGUCUGGGGUAUGUGGAUGCUUUAAAGAGAUCGAUUUCCUCCAUCCUCGUGCGUACAUGCAUAGCGCUGCUGGUCUCGCUUGUUCCACCUCGCUGCAAGUAUCGCUGAGUUGCCCCUGAGCUGUACCACACCAUGGCCAUGCCAGGCACCGCGGACCGCGACGCGGUCAGUCCGGCCACCGCGCCGCCGGCUGAACAGCACAAGCACGAUGGCGACCGAGACAUCGUCGAGGCCGAGCGGGCGCAGUCGCCCGAGCUGCUCAAGUCGGGCCAGAACUAUGACAAGAUGGACAAGGAACUCGCGCAGUACGUCGCCGAGGGCCGCAUCGAAAUCUCGGAGGAGGAAAACACGCGCCUGCGGCGCCUGAUCGACAGGCGCGUGCUCGUCGUCAUGAUCGCCACCUACUUCUUGCAGACCAUCGACAAGGGCACCAUGAGCUUCGCCUCCAUCAUGGGCAUCCGUGAGGAUGCCAAGCUGGUUGGGCAGGACUACCAAUGGCUCACGACCUGCAUCUACAUCACCAUCCUCAUCGUCGAGUACCCUCAGAACUUCAUCAUCGCGCGCGUGCCCAUCGCCAAGUACCUGUCCUUCUCCAUCAUGGCCUGGGGCGCCGUCCUUGCCUGCACGGCGGCCUGCAAGAACUUCACGGGCCUCGUCACGGUGCGCACCCUGCUCGGCCUGUUCGAGUCGGUCUGCCAGCCGGCCUUCGUCGUGCUCUCGGCGAUGUGGUACAAGCGCGAGGAGCAGGCGGCGCGCGUGACUUACUGGUACAUGAUGAACGGGGCCCAGCAGAUGGUCGGCGGCCUGCUCGCGUACUGCUUCUCGCUCAUCACGACGGGCCCGCUCAAGAGCUGGCAGUGGCUGUUCCUGGCCUACGGCAUUAUCUCGGUCUUCUUCGGCGCCUUCGUCGGCUGGUGGAUGCCCGACUCGCCCAUGCGCGCCAAGUGCUUCUCCGAGGCGGACAAGCGGCUCAUGGUCGAGCGCGUGCGCGCCAACCAGACCGGCAUCCAGAACAGGAAGUUCAAGAAAGAGCAGGUCUGGGAGGGCCUGACCGACCCGCAGGCCUGGGGCUACGCGCUGAUCCAGCUGUGCACGACCCUGCCGACCAGCGGGCUCGGCAGCUUCCAGGGCAUCAUCAUCUCCGGUUUCGGCUUCACCGUGCUGCAGACCCAGCUGCUGGCCAUGGUGCUGGGCGCCUAUAUCAUCAUCGUGCUGCUCAGCUCGUCGUGGCUGGUCAAGAAGACGAACCAAAACCUGCUCGUGAUGCUGGGUUUUGUCAUUCCCUCCUUCAUCGGCACAAUCUGUCUCAUGACGGUGCCGCUGAACAACCUCAGCCAGAAGGUCGGCCUGCUGAUCUGCUACUACAUCACGCUGUCCUUCUGGUCCGCCCAGACGCUCGCCCUGUCCAUGGUGUCGCGCAACAUUGCCGGCCAGACCAAGAAGAGCGUGGUGGUGGCCCUCAACUUCAUCAUCUGGUCCACCGGCAAUGCCAUCGGCCCGCAAGUCUUCCUCACGUGGGACGGCCCCCGCUACUUCAUCGCGUUCGCCACCCACCUCGGCUGCUACUGCCUGCUGGUCAUCGUGAUCGUCGGCCUGCGCUUCUACCUCGUGCACAUGAACAAGAAGCGGGACGCGCUGGCCGCGGCGGGCGUCGCCGAGGCCAAGGACGAGAACAUGGUGCACGCGUUCGAGGACCUGACGGACAAGGAGAACCCCAACUUCCGAUAUGUGUAUUAAUAUCAGGCGGGCAUGGUAGUUUUGUUGGCUUCGAUUCUAGGGGCAAUAUCAGUGAGGCGCGGCUUGACGACCGCUCGUUUGGGUUUUCUUUGGCCCGUAGUCAAAGUCAAGCAACCGAUAUCGUACGCGGCUAACAUGGAUGGCAAACCGUGAAAACGACCCCAACCACGGCCGGGAACUGGCGUACACGGCAAGACAACAGCAACACCACAUCCAGGGCCCAACUCAACCCUGUCCCAUUAGGGCUUAUCCCAACCUCUAAAGCUAAUCUCCAACCCUCAUGCUCCCAUUCCCCGCCGACCCGUCGACACCAGGCACAGCCCCUGACACUCACCCA